CGAGGAAAAAAGUACACGCACGAAAUUCUUUUCCAUUUCCUUUUUCCUUUUCUUUCACUAGUAUACCUCCAGACUAUGAAGAUUUUUACUUUAUCUGCUAUUAUCACCGCAGUAUUGGCGUCAGUUGCUCAAGCUGAUAUCACAAGGAUUCCUAUUAAGAAAGUUCAAGAGUCACCCGCACAGGCUUUUCAACGUUAUGCUCAUACGGGUGAGUACUUGACUCAAAAAUACUUUGGAAGUUCCCGUCAACAAGAUAAGACGAUUACACCAUUUCAAGUAAACCCCGAUGGCAGCGUUGAACAUGGUGUCCCUAUCUCAAACUAUAUGAAUGCUCAAUAUUAUGGUGAUAUCGAAAUUGGUACACCUCCUCAAAAAUUCUCUGUCGUGUUUGACACCGGUUCAUCCAACCUUUGGGUUCCCUCCACACACUGUACCUCCAUUGCUUGUCUCAUGCAUAGCCGUUAUGACUCUAGUCAGUCGAGUACUUUUGUGGAGAAUGGUACCGAAUUUAAAAUUCAAUAUGGUACUGGCUCAUUGGAAGGUUUCAUUAGCCAAGAAACACUUCGCGUAGGUGGCAUCAAGGUUGAGAACCAAGGAUUUGCCGAAUCAGUGAAAGAGCCCGGUUUCACAUUUGCUUUGGCUCGUUUUGAUGGUAUUUUUGGCCUUGGUUAUGACACCAUUUCUGUUAAACAUACUGUUCCUCCCUUCUAUCAUAUGGUCGACAGAGAUUUGGUAGAUGAACAAAUGUUUGCUUUUUACUUGAAUGACAACAGCAAGGAUGACGGUGCCAGUGGUGAACUUGUUUUCGGCGGUGUUGAUCCUGAUCAUUACAAAGGAAACAUUACUUGGGCCCCCGUUACAAGGAAGGGAUACUGGGAAAUCGAGCUUGAAGACAUCAAGUUUGGCGGUGAAUAUAUCAACUUGGAUCGCGUCGGUGCUGCUAUUGAUACAGGUUCCUCUUUGUUGAUUGCUCCCACUACAGUGGCUGAUUUGAUCAAUCAUGAAUUGGGUGCUCAGAAGAACUGGGCUGGACAAUAUACUCUUGACUGCUCGUCAGUGCCUACCCUCCCUGAAUUCUGUUUCGUGUUCAAUGGACAAGACUUCUGCUUAAAGGGUGAAGACUAUGUUCUCCAGGUUCAAGGCCAAUGUAUGUCAGGUUUCAUGGGUAUGGAUAUACCUGAGCCUGCUGGCCCUCUUUGGAUUGUUGGUGAUGUGUUCCUUCGCAAAUUCUACAGUGUUUACGAUCUGGCAAAUAACAGGGUUGGUCUUGCCAAGGCCAAAUAAUUUAGAAGCUACACAACAUUUUGUAAAACUGACAUAUAUAUAAAACUCAUUUCACGCUGAACAUUUAAAGUUAACUUAUCACUUUUUUAUGACCCUACUGUUCUCUUGUUUAAAUAAAGGAACUUUAUCAUUUUAUA